GGGGCCUCGUGUCCCUCGCGACGCGCCGUCCACCCCUGAGCGCCUGCGCGGGGCCGGCGCGGGACGGGCGGGCAUGGCGUUCCGGCAGGCGCUGCAGCUGGCGGCGUGCGGCCUGGCGGGGGGCUCGGCCGCCGUCCUCUUCUCGGCCGUAGCGGUGGGGAAGCCCCGCGCGGGCGGGGACGCCGAGCCGCGUGUGGUCGAGGCGCCGGCGUGGGCGGGGGCCGCUCGCCCCGGGCCGGGCGUCUGGGACCCCAACUGGGACAGGCGAGAACCACUGUCCCUGGUCAACCUGCGGAAGAGGAACCUGGACUCUGGAGAAGAAGAACUGGCAUCCAGGCUGGACCACUGCAAAGCCAAGGCCACGCGACACAUCUUCCUCAUCAGGCACUCCCAGUACCAUGUGGAUGCCUCCCUGGAAAAGGACCGCACUCUGACGCCCCUGGGUCGCGAACAGGCUGAACUAACUGGGCUCCGACUUGCAAGCUUGGGGUUGAAGUUUAAUAAAAUUGUCCAUUCGUCCAUGACCCGUGCAAUAGAAACCACUGAUAUCAUCAGCAAACACCUGCCAGGUGUCUGCAAGGUCAGCACAGACCUGCUAAGAGAAGGCGCCCCCAUCGAGCCUGACCCACCUGUGUCCCACUGGAAACCGGAGGCUGUGCAGUAUUAUGAAGAUGGAGCCCGGAUCGAGGCUGCCUUCCGGAACUACAUCCACCGGGCAGAUGCUAAGCAGCAGGAGGACAGUUACGAGAUCUUCAUCUGCCAUGCCAAUGUCAUCCGCUACAUUGUGUGCCGGGCGCUGCAGUUCCCUCCAGAAGGCUGGCUCCGCCUGUCUCUCAACAACGGCAGCAUCACCCACCUGGUGGUCCGGCCAGAUGGCCGAGUGGCGCUCAGGACCCUCGGGGACACGGGGUUCAUGCCUCCGGACAAGAUCUCCCGCUCCUGAGGGCUGCCUGGAGGCCCCGCUCUCCUCAGUCCCCCCGUGGCUCCCGUGGGUGCUGCCAAGGACACGGCUCCUUCCCUGUCUUCCCUCCACAGGCUGCACUGCGGUUCCAUCACACUUCUCCAGGACGGCAGUGAAGAAGGACGAGAAUAUCCAAAAUAACUAAAAUGGGGCAUUUCAGCCUGUACUUCCGGCCCGGGAUGGAAAAGGGCGUUGUUCCGAGCGGAUGGGCCUGAUUUCUCUCUUGGGGUUUUCUGCCUUGUCUCCCGGGACGAGGCCUCACUCAUGUCUGUGGGGACCGCGGUCAGUCCCCACGAGCGUCUUUGGUCGGGACCACAGUUGGCCACACGAGCCCCUCAAGGCUCCAAGGAGGGGCCGCCAGGGCUUCCGUUCAGAACUUCUUGUUGUACAUUCUUCUCCUUUCUUAAGACCCUUUUAUCACUUAAAUUUGUCAACUACAGAUUCUCCUCAUCUGGGUUCCUGCUUCGAUAACCAGUUUCUCAGUCCAGGGCCCUGCGCCUCUGACGCUGCUGGGCCUUUCCCAACACCAGCCGCACCUUGGCGGGCGAGGGAGGUGCUGGAUGGUGACCGGACAGCCGGGCGUCCUCUUCGGUCUUUGCCUCUGGCCAUUAAUCCUCUCUGCUUACGGAUUAAACUCCUUAGAUGUGAUAUGUCCAUCCCAAAUAUUCUGUUAAUUUAGGAGAAACUACAAUUUUUAUGAAGUGGUUAUGAACAUUUUCUGCAAUCAGUGCAACUAAUUGGGACAUUUGAUCCAUUUCUCUGUAACUUUGGAAAUAACUGCAAAAUAAAAAUUUUAUUUUACUGAUUUC